AUGGCGGAAGGCAUCGAUCGAAGAGCCGAUGAGCGGAUGGAGUUUAACACCUCCAAGGAGGUGACAGUCGCACCGACCUUUGAGGCUAUGCACCUCAAAGAAAACCUCCUUCGCGGCGUCUACGCUUAUGGAUAUGAAUCCCCCUCCGCGGUCCAGUCUCGUGCCAUCGUUCAGAUAUGCAAAGGUCGCGAUACCAUUGCUCAAGCGCAGUCCGGCACGGGUAAGACGGCGACGUUUUCGGUCAGCAUCCUCCAGGUUAUUGAUACAGCGGUGAGAGAGACACAGGCUCUCGUUCUCUCCCCCACCCGCGAACUUGCGACGCAAAUCCAGUCGGUUAUCAUGGCUCUUGGUGACUACAUGAAUGUGCAAUGCCAUGCCUGUAUUGGCGGCACAAACGUCGGUGAGGAUAUCCGCAAGCUGGACCAUGGUCAGCACGUAGUGUCUGGAACGCCCGGUCGUGUCGCCGACAUGAUUCGCCGUCGCAACCUUCGCACACGCCAUAUCAAGAUGCUAGUCCUUGACGAAGCCGACGAGCUCCUAAACCGAGGAUUCAGGGAGCAGAUCUACGAUGUCUACCGAUAUCUUCCACCUGCGACACAGGUUGUGGUCGUCUCUGCCACCCUCCCAUACGACGUGCUCGACAUGACCACCAAGUUCAUGACCGACCCGGUGCGCAUCCUGGUGAAGCGUGACGAGCUUACCUUGGAAGGCCUCAAGCAAUAUUUCAUCGCCAUCGAGAAGGAGGAAUGGAAGUUCGACACGCUGUGCGACCUUUACGAUACCCUCACGAUUACCCAAGCAGUCAUCUUCUGCAAUACACGCCGGAAGGUGGACUGGUUGACGGACAAGAUGCGCGAAGCGAAUUUCACGGUCUCCUCAAUGCACGGAGAGAUGCCGCAAAAGGAACGUGAUAGUAUCAUGCAAGAUUUCCGUCAAGGCAACUCCCGUGUGCUCAUCUCGACGGAUGUCUGGGCAAGGGGCAUCGACGUGCAACAAGUUUCUUUGGUUAUCAACUACGAUCUUCCGAGCAAUCGUGAGAAUUAUAUUCAUCGGAUUGGGCGUAGCGGUCGCUUUGGCCGAAAAGGUGUGGCGAUUAACUUCGUCACGACCGAAGACGUUCGGAUUCUGCGCGAUAUUGAGCUCUACUACUCGACACAGAUUGAUGAAAUGCCAAUGAAUGUGGCGGACCUCUUGGCUUAG